GCCUCGGACGAGCCCCCUUUACCGCCCUGUCAGUGUGGAGAAGAAAGAGAGAGAGAGGCUGACUGAUAGAGAAAGCGCACGCGAGAGUGAGAGAGAAAGAGAGAGAGAGAGAGAGAGAGAGAGAGAGAGAGAGAGAGAGAGAGAGAGAGAGAGCAACUGUGUGACAGAGGGAAAGAGAACGAGGCAGGCUGCUUAGAGGAGUGAGAAAGCCAAGGACAAAAUAAGGAACACAUUUUACAAGUGCAGGAAGAGGGAGGAUCGCAGACGAGGGACUCCUUCUCUACUCGGCACCUGGGACUCACUCACUGUGGUUUUUUCCCCCCUACUCGUCUUCUAUCUGGAACCCAGAGGAUUGACUUACCAACCGGUGGAUUUUUUAAAAUACACAUCGUUUAGAAAACUGGGAUCAUUUCUCUGUUAUCUGCCCUCUUGCUGGCUCCUUCGCUCCAGGCUGAGAUUGCUUUCUGUGCGUGCGCUCGGCUCUCGUGUUGUGAUUCUGCUCCUUGCAUAAAGUGCAUCUCGUCGGCAACCGGUGCUGAGGAUAUCUCCCCUCUGUCAAACAGGACAGCACGCAGCCACCGUCGGAUCAGACCACAGAGAGAGAGAGAGAGAGAUACUUUGUGUAUGUUAGAGGGACACAGAGAGAGAGAGAGGGGCAGUGAGAGAGAGUCAGAUCCACAGUGUGUCUGAGAGAGAGGCAGAUUAAAGCCCAGGCAAAAGACUGGAGUGAAACAGCUCCAAUAGAGAAGUGAACCUAUACGUCCUUUCCCGUUUUCCUUGCCAUCCCUUUCCUCCUCCUCUCCUCCUCUUCUUCCUUCUCCCAUUUUCCAACAUUCACAGGACUGCCAGAGCUACUGCCACCUGCACCUCUUCUCUUUCCUCCACUUCCUCACCCUUAUCGCGCGUUACCAUCCGAUACCAGCCACUGACAGACACAGCGCUCUUGGUUCUAGCACUUGUGGAAAUAUUUCCAUUGAUCGGGCAGUAAGAGACUUGAGUGAGCAUCUACCAGACACUGAGGCUCAGGACCGGUGAGGCACAGAGCUCCCCCCCCCAAUCAGAGGCAGACCCUCUCCCAGCUGCUGUCCGCCACGCAGACCCUGUCUUCUCUCCGGAGGACCGGCUAGCGACACAGAAAAAUAAUCGCACUGCCCCUCCGCUGCCUCUAUCCCAUUGCUAGCUACUUGGCAGCUUCCGCCCCCGUGUCACCAUUCCCUGCCUCAGUGCUAAGGAUUCCAGCUACAUGGGCAAGCGAUUGGAGCAGCAGCCAAUGUACCCUCAGUACACCUACUACUACCCCCACUAUCUCCAGACCAAGCAGCCCUAUGCUCCUCCCCCUCAUCCGAUGGCUCCUCCCAGCCCCAGCACCAACAGCUGCAGCCAGGGAGGGGCGGAGCAGCUGAGUAAGACCAACCUGUACAUCCGAGGCCUGCCACCUGGGACCACCGACCAGGACCUCAUCAAACUCUGCCAACCGUAUGGAAAAAUAGUGUCAACCAAGGCCAUUCUGGACAAGAACACCAACCAGUGCAAAGGCUAUGGCUUUGUGGAUUUCGACAGCCCAGGUGCAGCACAGAAGGCCGUGUCGUCUCUCAAAGCCACCGGGGUGCAGGCCCAAAUGGCCAAGGCCCUGCAGCAACAGGAGCAGGACCCCACCAACCUGUACAUCUCCAACCUGCCGGUGUCUAUGGAUGAGCAGGAGCUGGAGAACAUGCUGAAGCCCCUGGGUCACGUCAUCUCCACGAGGAUACUGAGGGAUGCCAACGGGGUCAGCAGAGGAGUCGGCUUUGCCAGGAUGGAGUCCACAGAGAAAUGUGAGGUUGUGAUACAGCAUUUCAAUGGAAAAUACCUGAAAACCCCACCAGGCAUUCCAGCUCCCUUGGAGCCUUUGCUGUGCAAAUUUGCCGACGGAGGGCAGAAGAAACGCCAGAGCCAGAGCAAGUACCCUCAGAACGGGAGGCCGUGGCACAGAGAAGGCGAGACUGGCAUGGCGUUAACAUAUGAUCCCGCUGCAAUGCAGAAUGGGUUCUACUCCUCGCCUUACAGCAUCGCCACCAACCGCAUGAUUGCACAGACCUCCAUCACGCCCUUCAUCGCUGCUUCCCCUGUUUCCACAUAUCAGGUCCAGAGUACGUCAUGGAUGCCUCAUCAACAAUAUGUUAUGCAACCUACAGGUGCAGUGAUCACGCCAGGCAUGGACCACACUAUGUCCAUGCAGCCUGCCAGCAUGAUGGGCCCUCUCGCCCAGCAGAUGAACCAUCUGUCCCUGGGCACUACAGGAAGUUACAUGACUGCUGCAGCUGCCGCGGCGCCUAUGCAAGGGACCUACAUUCCCCAGUACACUCCUGUGCCUCCAACAGCCGUCCCUGUCGAAGGAGUGGUGACAGACGCCUCCCCCCAGACAGUGGCUCCCUCGUCACAGGAGCUGGCUGGACAGCAGCAACAGAUCCAAGUGGACAGUUCUGCCGACCAUGUUCCUGCUUACUCAUACCAGUCCAAAUAGCAUCGGCCUGAGCGAAUGUUCCUGUGACAGCGUUGCCUUGAGACAGAAGGUGGCUGCACUGUGAAUGUGAGGAAAAGAGAAAAGAAAGAGAUUACUUCCAGAUUGCCCAGGCACCAAAAAAGAGACACUUUUUUCAUUUCCUACCUGGCCUACGAGAAAAAAAGAGAGGGGAAAAAAUGCAAGAAGGAGGCAAAGAGUGCUGAGGAAGGGGAUGGGGGAAUUGCUGGGCACAGUGCAAAGAAGUGAAAUUGUUUAGUCUGGGAACCUGCCAGAAGGGCUGGGCUGAAGCUUGAAAAGUUUCUCAAAGAAAAUUCUCAACCAAUUAAAAAUAAAUGGAAAAAAAACAAGGAAAUAGAAAAUGACAAAAAAAAAGGUUGAAUGCGCAGGUAGGUGAUGAAGUUUAUUUUGUAAUUAGAAAAGGGGAGUCAAGUUUGAAAUACACAGAGAUUGUCUUCCUCAGAUAUUAAGCUACAAUUUCUUUUCACUCUUUUUUAUGUUCUAGUGUUAAAUUUUAGUUUUCUAGAUAUAUUCAGAAACAAAGUGUUUUUUCUUUCUUGAAUCUUCAUGGCCUUAAUUUGAAGGGCGGCAGAAACUUUUUACAGAGUUAAAGUCUGACGUCUGUUUAGAAGGAAAAAAAAAGCAAACAAAGUCAGUUUCUUGUACCACUCGGAGGGUACAAGACACUGGAUACGUUGUUCUAAAGAGGAAAAAAGAAUCUAUCACAUAAGCUGUACAGAUUUAAUAGAGAAGAGCUUUUUUUUUUUCUUCAUUAGAAGAAAACUUUGAUAAUUAUUAUGUCAGAGGUAACUAAGUGUCAGAAGAAAACAAAAUGUCUGUUGGGGGGGAAAAGACUUGGGGGGAGAAGAAGCUUUCAAGAGAUUUUUCACCAUGAGGAAAAAAUGAAAACAUAAGAAAAACAUGCUGCAUCGUGGAUGCAGUCUGUUGCAAACGCUGAACUUGUUUUUUUAUUAUCAUAAUUAUUAUUUUAAAUGGCAAAGUUGCUGUCAAUGACAUUAGUGCUUUUUAUCUGCCACAUUUUACCUUUUUUAUGAGCUUAAAGAUGUUUUUUGCCCGCUUGCUUGUCACACUGCAAAAAGAAAAAAAGAAGAAAAAAAAAAUGAUAAAAUGAAUACAAAAAAAACUACGGAAAUUAAUUCUGGCAGUGAAAUAAAAACAGUAGAUUCAGUAGGAGCUUACGGUUUAAACAAAUCAGUGCAAAAGCAAUAGAAGAAAUUGUUGACAAUUUCUGUAGUCUUUCCUAGUUGUGGAUCAAAUGCAGCCCAUGGGUGGCCAUUUUUAUACCAAAGAUGAAGAGACACUCUGAACCAGAGUUUUGUUUUUGUUUUGUUUUCCUUUCCAUUUUUCUGUUUGAUUUUGUUGUUGUUGAUGUUGCUGUUGUUGAUGAUGUUAAUGUUGAUAUUGUUGUUGUUGAUGUUGCUGUUGUCGUUGUUCUUUAUUUGACCUUGAUGGCCGGACCAGUCCUUACUAUCCUUCUUAAAAUCUUCUUUUUUGCCGGGUUUAAGCUAGUUUUCCACGGUUGUCCAAGCUGUCACACACACACACACACACACACACACACACACACACACACACACACACACACACACACACACACACACACACACACACAUACAUGUAUCUAAACAGACACACUUAAUGUAAAAACUAAAACACACACAUCAAAAACAGUAUUUAAAGUGUGAUGCAACCAGUGGCAGUCCUACCAAAAGUCAUUUUUCUUCUCCUCUACUUGUCUUUUCAUUUCUUUGUGUGUCUCAUCACUUUUUACGAUGCUUCACACACUGUUGGUGCAUUCCAACUCUGACUUUCUCUUGGAUCCUACAGGGAACACUUUAGGAAUAGAUUGGGGAACGUUGCUUGCUACGCUUCGUGGUUGUUGACACAUUGCUUCCAGCUUUAUGCCCUUACUGUCCUCAGUCUCUUUAUCGCUUUAAUUGAACCAUAACUGGGAAUCCCCCUGCUGCUGUUCAUCUCUUCCGUUCAUCUCUUCCAUUUAUCACCACACCUAGGUCACAUUUUUGAGUAUUUACGUGCCAGGCAUACCAGAUGAGUGGUGUUUGCUACAUGUUGGACAUCAGGUAAGUUGUUUAAAGUGUUUAGCAAUGAUUGCAUAAACCUUAUGGCACUUAAAGGUGGGGUAGGUAAUUCACUUCAGAAACACUUUUUGUUAUAUUCCAUGGAAUGCUCUUAACAUCCCGAUAGCAAUGAAUACAUUAAAUGCUUUGACAAUAAAUACAUAAAAAAAUGUCAUCUGUGGAAGCUGUAAUGCUGUAAAAAGCACGACAAACAAUUCUAGCCGGCCCGGCUAAAAUAACUGGAUGGCCUUACCUGCCUGUCAGCCUUCCAUCUCGUGCACAAACUUACCUCGUGCCCUCAUUGGUCAUGUGCGCGUUCGUGUGUGUUGGAGGAGGGCCUCUGUAAGGAAGUCUGAAGGAAGGGGCAGAUUUUUUUCGGUAUAAUUUGACUUUUUUCGUGAAAUAUGCUUGUACACUUUUUUCCUGAGAAUGAUCGGUUUCCCUCUCUUGUCUGUAUAUUAACAUAUGAGGCUACCGCUAACAGCUGGUUAGCGUAGCUUAGCACAAAGACUGGAAACAGGGGGAGGGGACAGUUAGCAAGAUGCUAUGCAAAGCUAACAAAAGCCUCCUACUUGCACCUCUAAAGCUUACUCAUUAAUAUUUCUUACCUCAUUAUUUAAUGUAUACUUUGUCGUCAUCGUUAGCUGGACAAGCAGAAGUGACUGUAGAAUGUCACGCAAUUCCUUUAAAAGACACUUGAAUACAAGCUAAGUGUUAGCAUUAUAGACGCUGACACUCUGUGACACUAACAAGGCAUGGUAGAGGUGUGUUUAAAGGCUGGAAAACGACUGUCUGUCCUGAUCAUCCCCCUGAUCAUUGACCCACCACCAGCAGGGGGGGUCUUCACACCUGUGGGAACAGACCAGGCUCCUCACCAGCUUUAACUUGUCGAUGGCAGCUCCUUCCUCUGCCCCGCCACUGAGUGUCAGUUACACCCCUGGUUGUUCCAAUUUGUUGCACAAACAGCCCUGCACAUCUUAUCUGGUCUUUCCGUCCCUGAGCUGUGUGAGGGUUCCAAUGAUUUCAUCUCUGAGGAUUGUCCCCUGAGGAAAUGGCCUGUGGGACAGCGGCCAUUUCUGCCCCCAUUAUAGCAGCCUCUGUGUGUUGCUCUGUUGGCCCGUGCCUGCCCGCUCUGCCCCACUGUGGGUCUACAGAGCUAAAAAGCUCUGUGUUCUCCCUGCUUCACUGGCACCAUUAAUGUGCCAUGGCCAAGCCAGGGUCCUUUUGCUCUCAUUUUCCCUAAUUCUCUCCCUCCCUUCCUCCCCCCCUCUCUCUUGUGCUCCCACUGGAGUUUCUUCUCUUUAUUGGAUGGUGCAGAAGCAGAACCACAAACCAAUUUCAGUCACUCUCGCAAUGAGGCUUGACGGGCCCAAUUUGUCUCCCUCCGGGGCAAUAGGAUCCACUCCAGUGUCCCUCAAAAGACCCCUUUCUUCCAGACUGAGGGAGCUUUUUGUUUGGUGACAAUUGCAAUUGAGCUCUUGCAGUUCGUGUGACUCGUUCAAAUCUACAGUAAGUCCAUUGCUCUAUGUUUUAGCAUGAUGGCGUGUUCAGCACACUACAGGCAAACGUCAUCAUGCGAGGCGGUGUUUGUAAUUUACCGACGAGUUGUACAUCGAGUGCCUUUUAACAAAGCUUCCAAAUAAUUCAAAAUUAUUUGUGUGAGAGCAAAUGGAAGAUUUUUUUUAAUUCAAUUGUGCUAAAGAAAUGUGACACAAUAUGGAAGCUACUCUAUGGUGCUAAAGAGGAGGCAUUCUCAGGCUUUUGCCUUGACUGAUCUCUGUGAUGAGCCGGCCACUGUUGAUCGUUUGGCCUUUACUCUUAACAGGCCUCCUGUCCACUUGACAACACAGACAAGAAGCUGGCACACAGCUUCCUCAUGUGAACUACACCUUUAAAGCCAUACUCACCUUAUCUUUCCUCGGCCAGAAAUUGCUAGUCAUUUUUAUCUUCCGUCCACCAAUGAAGUUGAGAAGCUAAAUGUGUCAUUCAAACUGUCUCUCGUUGACUGUUAAGCUGUUUAUUGUCCAAUCAAAUUAACACCUGCCCUUUUCCUUUCAUCUGAUCCACAUUCCACAUCUGCUUGAACUUGCCUCCAGGCUAUGAUUUGCUCUUAUCUCCCAAUGAACAAGUCUCACCCACAUUACAGUCUUUAACGGCUAACAACUGACAAAUGUUGGGUUUAUGAGCUCCCGGGACUUUCCCACAUUGCUCAUCUGUUUCGUCAUUGUUGCAUUUGCUCAAUGUAGUCCAUCGCUGAGUCCUUUUAAGUGGUAAACUGCUAAACUUGAACUUUACCAGGUUUAAGCUAGUACAGUAUGUGUGUGUCAGUGUGUGUGUGUGAAGAGUUCUUCUACUCAAACGUUUAGCUAUGAAUACAGCAUAGCUAGCAUAGACUUUUACAGCUGCUGUUUUUAUAAAAGUAAUACAGAGAGACAUUUUCGAAGCCUAACAGGGCUCAUAAUGCAGAAGUUGCACAUCGGAGAGCAGAGCGUCCCACAGAAGGCCUGAGAUUCAAAAGCAAUGGCAUUAUGGGAUAUAGGACUACACAUCGCCAAGAGAUUAUGGAUAAUAACAAUGCACAACAACAAAUAUCAGAUCUAUUUUGCUAAUGGAGAUUCAAGAUUGAAAAUGUUAAGGCAGGUGUUUGCUUUUGGUGCAUGGCGCCAAUAUUUCACAGAUCUAAAAGAUUACCCGACUGAACAAGCAAAAAUGGCUCUCUUAAUAGCACAAUGGCUUAACGUACCUUUUCAGAAUACAAAUUUGGAAGUGUACAGAAGGCACGCCGGCAUUUUUAAGGAGGCUGUAGCAGAAAAUGCUCCUCUCCCAGUCAGCCCAUGUGUCAGCACAAACCAGGAGUCAGCUAUACCUAGAAUGUGUGUGUGUGUGUGUGUGUGUGGGAAAGAACAAGAGGCAGAUCAUUAGCCGCUGUUGCCGGGCAGAAGUGGUCAGAACCUGGAGUUUCUCCGUGUUCUUGCAGCAGUAUGUCCCGUGUACAGGUCUCCAAAAGGGGACGAGCUCCACCCCUCUCAUUAGCAACACAGACUUCCUCUCUCACACCAUGACCAUCCCUCUCCUUUUCUACACAGUUGAUCAUUGUUCCAAUCUCUUCUAACCUUAAGAAUUGUUUCUGGCUGACUUCAACACUCCAUCGUGAGGCUGCCACCAUUUGCAAUCUGUGUCUAAGCACUGCUUGCAUAGCUUUUCUGAAAUUAAAUUGUAGACCACCAUUGCAUUUAUUAGUUUGCAUUUAUUAGUUUGCAUUAUUUGUCUACAGCAGGUUGGAGAUGGAAUGUCCUUGGCUUGUCACUAAUAUUGCUGAGUAAACCUAGGCCUAAGUGGUGCUCGAUCAACCUUAAGUCUUGUUUUACUUAAGUGUUAUAAUGAUAUUGUUUGCUGCUAUAGUGCCGAAAAGAAAAGGUUUAUGCAAUCAUAAUGAGUGUUGAAAACGAUUAUUUAUUUUUACAAUAUCUGAAUUGCCUAAGUGCAGUAAAUCUCACUCAUCUGGUGCCUGAAGGAAGUGUAAUCAGAUGUUCAGAAUGACUUUUCUUGAUACAGGAAAAAGCAGAAUACUGUCCACUAAAAGAGCGAAUGGUGGGCUUGAGAUUGUACCUACAUCCUGGUCUUCUUCAGAGUCAGUUUUCCAGACGCGGUAUUGACUGAACGUUUUGUCUCCAUCCUUCCCGAACUCACCGUUUUUCACAAUAACUGCAGCCAUCCUUAAAUCUGACAUGAUCCAGACAGUAAUUCAUGUAGUGUUGCUUUCACACUGUCACUCAUUAGAUGUAUAACACGUCAUACUCAGUUGUUGCAAAGGUUCCUUGUGAACAGAGUUGCAUUCAUUCCGCAUCGAUUCUCAUGAGGAAAACAGUCGUUCAGAGUUGCUCUCCAAUCCGGUCUCCCGUAGGGUAUAAGGCUAACCGUGGCUCAAUUACACAUCACAGGCCAGUACACUCACACUCUGCACACACAUAAUGCAGUGAGAAAAUUGUUCAAACUGCCCCCCACAAGAGCGAGACCCUGUGCUUCAUAAUUGAUGCUUCGGUCCACCUUUGAUAAGAGCUAUUGAUUGGCCACACAACCCCAGGAGCCCUCGUGGAGUUCAAACAGCUCCCAGAGAAAUAUCCAACUACCACUAGGAAAUGACAUAGCCAGCAGAGUGUGUUAGGCAUUGGUAUUCAUUUACCAGAUUAAAAAGAGGAACUAUUUAUCAAGACAGCAGAGCGGUUUUAAAAUGUUUUAUUUUUGUUAGUUUUCUCUUUUUGUUCGUUCUUCACUUUUCUUUGUUUCAGCGCGAGGAGGACAUGGUCACGCCUCGCACACGCUGCUCAGUGUGUGUGUUAUUUGAGAAACUAUCUGUACAUCUGUGGAUGUUAGAAUUUGACUUGGGUUUUAUGAGUUGUUUUUUUUCUCUCUGAUGAAGCUUUCAAUAAAAAAAUGUGGAAAAAAGCA